GGACUCCGUAUUUUUCAUAUUGAAAACAUGGAAGUGUCGACGCUGUUACACCAAAUUGAUUUCACGACGAUUUUAGUUUUCAUCCUCAUAUUCAUAGUUACCAACAACAUCGUGACAAAUCUUAGAAGACUGCCGGGACCUUGGGCGUGGCCACUGGUGGGAAACCUCCCAAACUUAUUGGGCUACAAGAAGAGCUUUGAUCCACCGCUUCACCUGCGACAAAAAUAUGGAAAUAUCGUGGGUUUAAAAUUAGGGCCGAUGGGUUUGGUUUACAUUUGUGGCCACAAAGCUUUAACCGAUGUUUUUCAGAAAAAAACGGAGUUCACUAAAUAUCGUCCGAACUGGGUGUAUCUCGCAACCAGACUGACGGGCAAAACAGGUAUCGUAUGGAGCAAUGGUGAUCUGAAUCAUCACAUCAGAAAGUUCUCACUCAGCGCACUGAGAGAUUUUGGAUUAGGAAAAACCUCUCUUGAAGAUAAAAUCCUAGAAGAGGCACACGUCCUGUCCGACAGUUUGGCGAAAAGUAAAGGAUCGCCAGUUGCCUUAGACACAUUACUCCCUAAAGCGGUGUCGAAUGUAAUAUCGAGUAUAGUGUUUGGAUCCAGAUUUGACUACAAUGAUGAAGAUUUUGAAAGUCUUCUGCAGAGGUUGGAUUAUAUUGUGGUAAAUUCUAAUUACAAAUUGUUAGAAAACUACCUUCCAUUCCUAGAAAAGAUUUUACCAAACUCUAAGGUACGGAAAAUAGUUAAGACCAGAAACGAUUUCAAUGACUACAUCAGAAAGGAGAUAAAUCUGCACAAGAAGUCGUUCGACCGAGGGAAUAUUCGCGACUUUAUAGAUUUGUUCAUAGACCAGGAAACGAACGAAUCAGAGGAUGCUUUGACAGACGAGGACCUAUUCCAGACGAUAUUCGAUUUGUAUGUAGCUGGAUCUGAGACCACUGCUACUUCACUUAUGUGGAUCUUUUUGUUCAUGAUUAAGUACCCUGAAGUACAGACAAGAUGCAGGGAGGAUAUCAAAAAGGUUGUUGGAGACAAAAACGUCACGUUUAAAGACAGAGCUAAACUUCCCUACAUAGCGGCUACUGUGAAUGAAAUCAUGCGGCUUAAAACUAUAGCACCCCUGGGUAUUCCAAGAACCACAAUGGAGGAUAUACAGAUAGAUGGCAUAACGAUACCGAAACGUUGUACAAUUGUGGAAGUUCUCAUAUCGGCGCAUUACGACACCGAUUACUGGGAAAACCCCGAGGAGUUCCACCCAGAGAGGUUCCUUGAUGAGAACAACUCCAUCAUUCGUCGCGAGGCCUUCUAUCCAUUUGGUUUGGGUAAACGAGUGUGCCUUGCUAAGCAGUUAGCAGAGACGGAGAUGUUCCUAUUUUUUGCGACACUUCUACAGAGAUUCCGAUUUGAGAACGCUCAGCCAGAAGUUCCUCUGGAUAUGGAUGGAAUUAGUCCAGGCGUGACCUACUCACCGAGUCCAUACAAAGUCUUGCUGCAGAAACUUUAGAAAUAUCCUGCCAUAUUACAUACGUGUAACAUGACUGUACAUGCCUCAUGCACAGUAGCAAAUAUAUAAUAUGCUAACUUUGCUUGCCAGCAAAGGCUGAGGAGCAGAUUGCGUUUUGCGAAUUAUUCCUUCUUCGCCGCAAAACGAUUCGGUCCUUUGAAAGAGCAGACCGUCACACUUACAUGUAACUACCUAAUAAUAAAUCCUGUCUAUAUUGAGCAAGAAAA